AUGACAAUAUUGAGAGGAAUUUGGAAAAUAUGGAGUAAACUGGAAAAACUAGCUACAGAAGCGAAAUCUGGAAAAAAUAGUCACUUGCUGCUUGGAAUCAUGAAAAUAAUUGAAGUAGACAUGUCUUGGUGCUCAAGAUUCACUAUGCAGCAGUUAAAGUUCUUUGAUUCGGAAGAAGACGAUAUAAUCUCAGAAAACCUAGUGCAAUUAAUGGCUGAUCUACAACCGAGUGACGUGGAGUUGUCCUAUAUGUUAUGUCAACUAUGUUUCCAUUCAGUUGGGAAAAAGCAUCAAAGAGAAAUUCUAGAAGUCAUGGAAAGUUUUUCAGAAAUUCUUUCAGAUCAACUACACAGUUACUAUGUGAAUGUUAUGAAACGGUCUAACUAUUCGAACAGAAUUUCGAAAAUGAUGAAGAUCAAUAAUCUGAUACAGCAGAGCAUUCAACGAGAGCGAGUGAAAAACGAGUUGAUGAGAAUCUUCGAUGUUUUCUUCAUUAGUUGCUCCCAUCCGGAUCUUUUCAAGAGUUGA